GCGUAUAAAAGGGCCUCUGACAACUGAAGAUCAUCAUUCGAUUCUCCAGAACUGCAUAAGACCACAAUGAUACGAGGACCUUUUCUCAUCUGCUGUGUUUUAUUGGCUGGCGUCUCCGCUACCACAGAGAGAGUUUCGGAUGUCUUUAUACCUUCCGGAGGACGAUGCCCGGCUUACGAUGACCCCAACCACCCUAUAUUGCUGGCAGAUCCCACCAACUGCCGCCAGUACUACUCUUGCUUCUUCGGCCAGCUCCGGCUGCAGCACUGCCCUCCGAACAUGUACUGGAGUGAGACUAACUAUCGCUGCGACUACAAGCAGUAUUCAACUUGCAACAAUGAGGAGAGUUCUCAGGUGCAGUACACACCCUAUCCCGGGGACUGCUCUCGUUUUUACGAAACAAAAGUCCAGCAAUGCCCGGGAAACUUGCAUUGGAGUUCCAGUUAUCGGAGAUGUGUCGAUCCCCUUUACUCCGGAUGUGGGGCCUUGCCCUGGGAUUCCAGCCCGUCGGAAGUCAUACCAUCUCCUGGUGGCGGACCUAUCACCAAUCCGGGUUAUCUUCCAAUUGAUCCGCAAGAGUUGUGCAUCAAUAGUGCUCUCAAUACCUAUAUCCCGUAUCCAGGAGACUGUCAAAAGUUUAUCCAUUGUGAUUCUAGAGCUACUGUGCUCGUUUGUCCCGGUGACUUGUACUGGAAUCCCCAGAAAGUUUCUUGCGGCACUGAUCGAACUUACUGUCAAGUGUUUUAAUAAUUUAAAAUCAAAUAUUUCACAAACUAUUGCUUUUACAAUCUAAUAUGUACAAUAAAACAUGCAACUUUUAA